UGAAAAAUAAGUACAUGAAGCUGACAUCGUAUAGAUCAUAUUCCAGACCCAAUUUUAAUCAAAUGUGAGGUUGAAAUACUGAUUUCCAAGGCAACAAUUUCCAAAGAUAACGUUAACCUGGCGAAACUCUUUUUAGAAGCUCAUUCACUGGUAUCGUCAGCUCUUGAAUAACUGUAUAGAACAUUUGUGACAGCAAAAUUCCCAAAAUGAGACGUCUGCAUAAUUUGCUGAAGUAUGCUUUACGGUUCAUCUUCUUCUUCAUAAGCAACCUGUAUGGUUUUUUUGGGUAUAUAAUGUGGUCACUUCUGCUGUUACCGUUACGGAUAAUGGUCCCAGAUGUCUACUGGAAGAUAGAGUCAGUUCUCUUCAAGGGGUUACAAGCAAUGGUAGUGACAUGGCUUCACUCAGGUGGAUAUGGAGUUGUUGAGGUAGGAGAUGACAUAAGUGCAGUAGAGGACAGCGAGGCUGUGCUUCUUUGCAACCACCAGUCUACGGCAGACACACCCUUGAUCAUGAUCGUGCUAUGGCCAAAGGGUAUGUGCUCCGGAAAGGUCAUGUGGAUAAUGGAUCACAUUUUUCGCUUCACCCACUUUGGCUUGAUGUCAACAAUCCGCAAUGACUUCUUUAUUCGUCAGGGUAAGGAAACAAGAAGCCAACAAGGGGUACUGCUUGAAGAACAUCUGAAACAGCAUUAUUCAUCUUCUAAGAGGAAGUGGAUAAUUUUAUUCCCUGAAGGAGGAUUUUUGCGAAAGCGAAGGGAAGCAAGCCAAGAGUAUGCACGAAAAAAUGGCUAUCCAGUGCUACAGCAUGUAACAUUACCACGAAUUGGAGCCCUAAAAACAAUUCUGAAUACCCUUGGAGAUGGGCAGUCUUUUGAAAGUGAGCAUGGUGACAUGCAGAAUGGGAUGAACAAGUCUCAGGAGAAACUGAAGUGGGUGGUUGAUAUGACAAUCGGGUACAGGAAUGGAAAUGCACUAGACAUGUUAGGAAUGUGUGUUGGUUAUAUUGAACCUCAGAACAUCCACGUGCACUUCCGUGCAUACCCAGUAUCACAGAUUCCACAGGACAGUGAAGACCUUCUUCAGUGGCUUUACGCUCGGUAUGAAGAGAAGGAGAAACUUCUGGAUCAUUUCUACCAGCAUGGGGUUUUUCCACCUGAUUUUACAGGUGGAUUUUUACCAUUAAAAAGGGCAUCACAACUUGUUUUUGACUUAGGAGCUGUGAUCUUGUUCCACCUCUUUUUCAUUGUUUCUGUAUAUCUUCAGUACACUUUUGUACUGAAACCUUUAUUUGGUCUUUUAUUUUGAUGUUGCAUAUUAUGAGUUAUCGCUGAUCUCUCAGAAGGAUGAUAUUUUUUAAUUUAAUGAAAAAUAUACGAAAAAAAUGUGAAACUAUAUUUUGAACUGGUCAGUAACCUGUAAAUUCUGCAUACAGUAAUCUCAGUAGCUGUUUUUUUUUUUUUCCUUCUGUCAGCAUUGCCUGGACUUGAUAAUUUUUUUUUUUUGUACUAAACAUUUGCAUGAUAAUUACACCUCCCCAGUACUAGUUCUCCACAGUAAUCAUAGUUUUUGUAUUUUGACUCACAGUUACACAACAGAUUCAAAAAAAAUUACAUUCAUGCCUAGGUUGGAGUGAUUGUGUGUGUACAUGUAUAUGUGUGUGUUUGGAAGAGGGUGUGAUAUAUAUACAUAGAGGAAUUUAAGGCAGAACAUCAGAUACAAUAAUAUCAGUUUGCAGAGUUUUAACAUACAAAGUUUUUGCAUUUUUCUUUUAUAACAAUUGCAUUCUGUUAUUUUAGGCUUCUGUGUUUAUCAAUGCAUUUUUACCUUUAUAAAAUGUUUACGCUAUCUUUUUAUUUUAAAAUAAUUUAAAAGAAAUUUUUAUGCUAUUGGUACCCAUAGCAGCAGAGACAGUGUAUCAGAAGCACAUGAUUGCUAAAUAUGCAUUUGAAAACAGCUGAGGUCAAAACACCUUUACUAAAAACAAAAAAAAAAAAAAAGGAAGACAAGAAAGGAGAACUUACAAAUGUUAAAAAGGGAUUCCUUAAGGAAGAAAUAUGUAAAGUACAUCCAUAGAGAUGACUUUACAAGACAUUACUUAUUUAAAGUUUUACAAAAUCCAUUUAGGUCAUGGUAUAUAAAUAUAAGCAAACUUACAUGCAUAGUUUGCUAUUGCUCAAUUUGCUUUAUAGUUCACAAUAUCGUAAAUUAUCUGAAAAGUGAUAUCAUUUGGUCCUCACCUCUUUUCUGUUUCUGGUCCACUCAGCUGAAACAUAUAUACAAUUUCCAGAAACCCAUUUUUUUCUUCAUUCAAAACAUUCUGAAAUCCUAUCUUUUUCUCAUCAGAGUUCUGACCUUCCUGUACUUGGAAGGGUAGGCUAGGCUGUGUACACAUUCUUGUAUUUAUUUUUCAUGUUUAUAUUUUAUAUGUGUGCGUGUACACAUGCAUGCUCUUUAAAAAACUGAUUUUGCAAGAGUGGAUGCAACUUGGCAAGAUUUUUAUUACUCAAGUAGCUGCUUAAUGUGAAGGAAUUGAAAUUGUUUUUUUUUGUCAGGUCAAUCUAUCUUUUGAAUCUCAUGUUUCAAUUAUAUUCUACUCUUAUUUCUUAGAAAUUUUUUUUUUCAACCACCACUCCAUCUGCCAUUUAUUCAAUAUAGAUUAAUGCCUACAAAUAUGCUGACUUCUGGACUAAAAAUAAGUGCAGUAAAAAAAGUGUAAUGUUGCAAAUCAAUCUACAAUUUACCAGUUUACAUUCAUUAACAUUAAAGUAAACUUGUUAAAUAUCUGUUUCACCCCAGUGCAUUUUCCAUUUAAAGACUGCAGAAGGUUUCCAGCAUCAUUUUAUUAUUUUUGUUUGUUUGUUUUCAUGUAUUGGGGAAAAAAGGAAAAAAAUCCAGUCUAUAACAAAAAUGCCUUGAGCAGACACUGAUCUUCUACCUGUUGACUAGACAUAACAACCUCAACACUCAUAUCACAAGGACAUGUAAAAGCCUUAUCCCUAUGUCCAUAUGGAGAAGAGGACCAAACACUACAACAAGUUUUGCAGUCGUAUCCACUUCUGCAACAAGAACAAAUCUGGUUUGCAAACACCUCCCUAGUUGUCCUUCACCAGACAGCAGAGUUUACUGCCUACACAAGACACGAUAAAGGAGACGGUCAUUCAUUCAUACUUUAACUGCUACCAUUUCAUGAAUGGUUAUGCUGCUGGUUGAUAGACAGUAUCUGAGAAGGUUCACUACUUAGGUUUGUUUUGAGCAGUGGUAAGCAGGCCUUGCUAGAAAUGAUCCGUCCACUCUUUCACAUUUGCAAGCCAAUUUUUCCUCUGUCCACCUCAGCAUCAACUCUUAUCCAAGGUAUCAUGAAGAAUGGUCUUGUAAUUUCUUGUGAACACUUGAUUUUUGCAAGAAUAGGUUCCUGGUGUCACAUAAAAGUAGCAGACAUGCUCCAUAAAGUCAUUGAUUUUGUAUCCCAUAUAGGAUAUUCAGAGAAGCCUCAUUGCACACUUGUUUUCAAAUGCCUUCUUCUUUCUUGUGUGGGCAAGCAGAGUUCACAUCUUGCAUCCACACAGUUGGAUGGGAACUUAUAUAGUCUGCACUUAGCAGCACUCCUGCUGGUGUUGUCAUGUGAUAUCUUGUCCAGCCUUACCAUUGCUUCUGUUACUGUUGCAGUUCUGAUGUGCAUGUUUGCAAUUAAAGGUGGCUCCCAUGCACUUAAAGCUGGUUCACCCUCUUGAACUGUACUCAGUUCAUGCAGAUCUGUUUUGUUGCUGCCUUUGGUGGUAGUCGUGACUUUGCUUUUGUCAGUUCUGGUUUCCAUUCUACAUGCAUUUACAAUGUCUGCAUGUUGGUUAAGUCUUGCAGUUAACUUUUGAUGCUCACCAUCAGAACAGCGCAGGUUGCACAGGCGCCUCUCAAGUCAAUAAAGUUGUGGAAGAUACCUCACUGGUAUUGUAGAUGAUUUUAUAUUAUAAUUCUGGUUUGAAACCAACCUGUUUUUUCUGCUAGCAGUUUCUUAGCAGUGGUGUUCAUGCAGUUCUGGAUUGUUUUGCUUGGGUGGUUGAUUAGGACACAAUCAGUCAAAGAAGAAGAAUUUACUUACAAUUGUGAGAGCUGCAGCAUUUAAGCUAAAUAAAAUUUAGCCAUAUGCCCAUAUUAGAUGUCUGUUGCAUACCACAAUUCAGAAAACAACCCUGACAGUUGCUGUGGUCAUGUAUAAUAUUUGGCAUCUAAUAUCACUGCUGCUGAAAUGAUCUGAAACUUGUAGGUAUACUCCAAUAUGAGAUAACCACAAGGCUUUUCUCACAGCUAUUUGGUGGGUUUAAUUUUGAUUUCUUUUGCUUGCUACGAUGCUUGCAUUCAUGGAUGAUGCGAUGUUCAUUUGACAGAAGUAUGGCCAUAGAAUCACAAAGUGAGUGAAACUUUACAACCAUGCUUUAGCUUUUUAUGCAAAACCUGACUGCUGUAUUAAUGUCUCAAGAGAAUAUUAUUAUGUAUGUCUUGUCCUCGGUAUAAUUUACAAAUAACCGAAAAAGUUUCGUAAGUCAUUUAGCACAUUUUCUUUGCUUUUUGUGGUUUGGGAAUAUAAGGUGCAGUUGCAUGCAAUUUUUUUUAUUGACCUCAAUUUGCUAAGAACUGAUAAUUGUGCAUUUAAUAAUGCUUGUGUAGAUGCUGGUGUUUAGUCUUGAAUGUAGGUGAUUUGUUGUCUUUGAAACUUUUUAAGAAUGCUCAGGAAAAUCCAUUUCAUUCCUAUGAAUUUUUUUUUUCCUCAGGUUUUAAAAAUCACUGGUGUGCUGUGUGCCUCUGAAGUUCAUCAGAUAAAAAUUAAGAAAAAUAGAGGGAAGGAGACAUACAGAUAUUAUUUGCCGUUGGAAACAAAGAAAGGAAUAAUUUUUAACAGAAGCCCUUGUCUUUAUCUUGGCAAACAUUUGAGGCUUGUUGCCAUGAGCAGUAAGAGGUGAAUACCUUUGCUUAGAAAUUCUUGAUCUUUUCUGACACUUCUCUACCAUCUCACUACAUAAGUGCAUCUUUAUUUCAUGCUUUAGUCUUUUAAGAUUCAGUGCAAUUCAUCUGGACACAAAUGGAAAUGCUUCUUGUACAAAGUUAAGUAACAAGUAUGCGGGUUUGUUGCUUGUUGUUUUUUGUUUUGUAUCACCUAUGAAUGUUUUCUAAAGUAUUGGUGGAAUAAGUGUUAGAAUUUUCUUAGAGUCAAAGCAGCUGUGGUCCAUAAGUUUUAUCAGGCAGCAAAUUUUCUUUAAGUGGUGUAUCAAGCAAAUUCUUUUUUCUACACCAUUUUGUUUUAAAAUCAUUUCAUUCAAAAACUAAACAAAAAAAUUACCCCAAAAACAAAUUUAAAAAAACCAACCCCCAACAUAUUUUGGAUGUUAUUUUGUUGUGAUAGUCUUUAGGAUGUCUUAAAUAUUAGAAUACAGAUUGUUGUGUCGCUGUGUUUAAUAAUUUGCCGUUAGUUUUCUCAAUGUCCAAGUGGUGGAGGGUACUGCUGUCGUCUGCUCUGAACAGGACAUAGUUUUUCAGUUAAGAAAUUGCUGUGACCUUACAUGCAGAGAUGUGUGUAAAACUGUGCCUUUAUCAUAACAAUGUGAUAAAAAAAAGACGUACUGGUGCUUUUUAAGAAUCUAGUUUGUGGCACGUAAGUUAUACCUAAUUUUCUUGUCAUAGAUGUAAUUUCAAAAUUCAGGAUCAUCAUUAUUUAUAAAGUCAAUUUUUAUUACAAGAUUUUAACAGAUGUAAUUGUUCCAUUACUAAAGUCUCAGUAAAGUUGAUUUAGACAGCACACUAAAGUCUUACACUACAUGCAUUACUUUGUUAAUUUUUGUAUGACUUUAUAACCCUAACCCUAUUCAGACCAUCAGAAUUUCAUUAGUCAGAAAAACAGCUGUUGUGCAUUGUAUUUGAGUCUUAUAAACCUCCAUUAAGAACAUAUCUUUUCUAUGAGCACUACUCCUAAAUGCAAUCCACUUACUCCUUCUAAUCUGUUUGCUGUCAUAUAUUAUAUUAUUAGUGUGUCCCCUAUUCCUGUGUUGAUUUUUUUAAGCUGUCUUUUCAAUUGUUACUUUUAUCUCUGUGUCUUUUCUGUUGCUUGUACUUAUCCUCAUCAUUGCCCAUCUUUGUGUUCCUUCAUGUUAUAUGUUGAUGUAGUUUUUCUGACAAGCGCUAAGUGCAUGUUCCUAUCCUAUAUAAGUGUGAUUCUGUGCUUUAUAAAAUGCACAUUUGUUAUCAUUAUCAUAAACUGAUGAUAAAUCCACAUAUGCAUACCCCAGACAUAUCCCAGUGAUUUAACAAAUGGUGAUCAUAUAUGCUUAUUAUUCACUAUUCUAGUACCUUUGUACUAAUAGGCCAACAUGCUUUCUGUUUGAGUCUUUGACAUUUUCAGGUACAGUUGUGUCAGUUUAUGAAUAUGGUUACUCCAUUUGUUGGAUUGCAUGUUUUGCUUUUUUUUUUCUAUGUCUAGGCUGUGAAACUAAGACCAGAAUGUAGAAAUGUAUUGAUUUCUUCUGUGGUUAUUGCAUUUUAGUUUCUAAAUUGAUUUCCAUAGAGUAAAUAAUAUUGCUGUUUUUCUUCUAUUACAAAUAAGUGUUAUUCUCCUAAAAGAUAUUAGCAUGAUUUAGUGUAAUAAGCAGCUUUCUCCCUUUGGGGGGAGGGGGGGGGAAGGGUUUGAGUUUUUUCCUUUAAUUCUUGUCUAAGGAUAUAAAAUUUGCUUAAACUCAAGUGUUAAAGUCAGAGAUUAGCCAUUUAAUCUUAAUAUUACCACGUUGAGAGCCUAUGAAAAAAAUAAUGUCCCAGAAUCAUGUCUAAGCAUUUUUUGUAGUUAUAAAAUCUUUCCAUUAAAAAAAAACUUACUGUUUUGCAUGAGUUUUGUAAAAUAAGAGAUUUCUUCAAAGCCACCAUUGUUGAUUUCUUUUUUGAUUACAAGCUGAUUCAUUAUAAAUUAUUUUUUGCAGGAAGCUCUGGGCUAAGCUGCAUUCGAGGUCUUGAAAAUGUCUUCAGUCACUGGUCUCAUGCAAGUCAAUCAGCAAGUUAAAUCUUAGUAUUCGACUUGCCACUUUUAAACUUAACUCAAUUUCAAGACCUCAGAUGCAAUCAUGCCAACGACAACUUUUGGAAGUUGAAAACUCAGGCUUAGCGAUGUCUGUGACUUUUUAAGACCUCUCAUGCCUGGUGAAAGAUGAGGGGGAAAGGAUGUUUAGUAACAUAAACUACAUUCAUUGGCUACUUUUGUCAAGUAUCCUAGGCCGUAGAGCAUACAAUUAGUUCACUGUAAUGAGAUGUUUAGAAUGAAAUAAAACAAUUUGACUUCAGUGCAUUAAAUUAGAGACUAUGUAUAUAUGGGCAUUAUAUAAAUACUUUUAAGAUCUAUUUACAUUCAUGCAGCUGUGUAGUCAGCAUUUGAGAACUUCCUUAUUAAAGAUAUUGCACUUAUUAAGUUAUAUUCCUUUGUUCAACGUGAUUACAUUUUUUGAAUUUGGGUUUAAUAAAACUGUAAACAGUGA